CAGAACAAGUUAGAUACAACAAUUAUGAUAGACCAUACACAAAAUAGACACGUUUGGAGGAAAAAGCAUACUAUUAAUUAUUCACAUGAAGGUGACAAGACAUCAAUAAUACAUCAAAACAAAGUAAAUCUUGCACAAGUCCUAUCACAUUCAAUUCAUGAUAUCAUCAUGCCAGUCAUUGAAAGAGAAUUAUUAUUAUGAAUGUUAAAGUAAGGAAUAUUAAAUGUCCUCUUGAUUCUGCCAUCCUAAACAUGCCACCUACGUCACACGGAUACGGCAGACUGGGUCGAGUACCGGUGUCGACACGCGGACACGGGGAUCCCGACACGGCGAUACGGCUGGAUACGUUUUGGAUCGGGUCUGGGUCAGACCCGAUCCAAACCACUUGUAUAACCGAUUUUUUAACCCGCGUUUUGUUUUACGCACUGACCUCCGGCGAUCGACGCUCGACCUUCGUUUACCCUCGAUGGCUUCCGCAGCAGGCUGGCAGCACAGUAAGGCAAUGGCGGGCGACGGCGACCUCCGGCGAUCGACGGCGACUUCCGGUGGCGUCCGGCGGCAGCCAGCGACAGACAGGUAAGUGUUUUGUCGAUUAUUUUCGAUAAUAGAAGUUAGGGUUUCAACUUUUAUUUGGGGAUUUUUUACAUUGGGUAUUAAAAUCUGAUUUGGGAAUGUUUUGGUUUGAAGAUUGGACGGUUUAGAAUCAUAUUCUUCAAUGCUAUGUGCGAUGUUUUCUUUUUUUUGUUUGAUUUUGGGAUUUGGGGAUUUUGCCGUUUUGGGUGUAUAACCGAUUUGGGGAUUUUGCCUUCGCUGUUGUUCAUGAUGCUAGACAAUGAUGAAUACGUGAUAUCUAGAUGGCAUUAACAUAUAAUAUACCAUUCGUGAAUGUUCCUGUUCACUGUUCACUGUUCACUAUUCACUUCAGCCUUCGCUAUUGUUCAUGUUUCUUUUAGUUUUAGGCUUUAACGAACUGCUUCUGUUCCUGUUCACUAUUCAAUCUGGCAGUACUAUCAUUUACCAUUCUUGAAUGUUCCUGUUCACUAUUCAGCCUUCGUUCUGCUUCUGAAUCUUUGAAGUUUUGUGACUGCAGUGCAUGUUUAUACUUUGUCAGUUUGUUGUAUUGUUUUAUUUCAUAAAUUUUAUGUUCAUUAUACGUUUUUUCCAUUUUUUUAUUAUGUUUAAUCUAGUAUGGCGAGCAAAGGAAAAACAGUGUCUCAGUCUCAAGACUCUCAACCUACAAGUUGUGGUUCUGGAUCAGCUACACCUCAGCCACCAUUAUGGUCAUACGUGAAUCUAAUGGGGAAACCUCCUGGAGGCGGUGGAAAUGCUUUUUUUAGGUGUAAUUUUUGUGAGGGACAGUUUAAUGGAUCAUAUACAAGAGUGAAAGCACAUCUAUUAAAAAUCAGUCAAAAAGGAAUUCAACCAUGUAAGAAAAUCACUAACGAGACUUUGGCUCAGUUGAAGAAAGAACAAAAAGCCUUUGAGAAUAAGAAAAGCACAUCAUCUGGAUCUGGUUUCAUUGACAUUGCUUCAAUUUUACAUGAUGAUAUUCAGAAUCCUACCAAAAAAAGAAAAGUUGUUGAUGUUCAUCAGAAAUCAAUUAAGGAUUCAUUUAGUUUACAAGGACGGCGAGAAUUAGAUCUAAAAGUGGCGACAUUUUUCUAUGCUAAUUGCAUACCAUUUAAUGUAGCUAGAAGUCCAUAUUGGAGAGACUUAGUUACAUCUAUUGCAAAUUCUAACUUGACUGGGUAUGUUCCCCCUAGUUCUGAAAGGCUUCGCACUGUACUACUAGAACAACAGAUGACUCGAGUGAACAAAUUGUUAGAGUCUCAAAAGUUCACUUGGGAUCAACACGGAGUUUCUAUUGUUUCUGAUGGCUGGACAGAUUUGCAACGACGCCCUCUUAUUAAUUUCAUUGCAACUUCAGCAAAUGGACCAAUUUUCUUGAAAGCAAUAGAUGCAUCUGGUGAAUACAAAAGUGCUGAGUAUCUGAAAGGAUUGUUUAUGGAAAUAAUUGAAGAAGUGGGGAAAGAAAACGUUGUUCAGCUAAUUACAGACAAUGCACCUGUAUGUAGAGCAGCUGGUAUUGCGAUAGAAAAGGAGUACCCUCAUAUCUUUUGGACUUCUUGUGCAGUUCAUAGCUUAAAUUUGGCUCUAAAGAGUAUAUGCAAUCCACCAAGUAAAGAGCAAGAUCCUCAUGCUUAUGAAUUAUGUUCGUGGAUUGAAGACUUGGAAAAGGAUGUGAGGAACAUCAGAAAUUUCAUAGUAAAUCAUCAACAUGCACUUUCCAUUUAUAACAAGCAUUCUGAUCUAAAAUUAUUAAGAGUUGCAGAGACACGUUUUGCAUCUCUAAUUGUUAUGGUCAAAAGGAUAAAAAGGGUGAAAAGUGCAUUGAUCAGUAUGGUGACUGAUGAUGAUUGGAGUUUCUACCGUGCUGAUGAUGAUGACAAAGCUCAAGCAAUCAAAGGAAUGAUUCUUGAAGACAAGUGGUGGGAUCAAAUCUUUUAUUUUCUUGCAUUCACAGAACCGAUCUGGGAGAUGUUGAGAGUUCUUGAUUGUGAUAAUUCAACGUUGCACUGUGUGUAUGAGAUGUGGGACACUAUGAUUGAAAAAAUCCAAGAGGUUAUUUUUAAGCAUGAAAAAAAAAGUAUUGCACUUGAAGAUUCAGCAUUUUUUGAUCAUGUGCAUAGAAUAUUGAUUGCAAGAUGGGAUAAAAGUAGCAAUCCUCUUCAAUGCAUGGCACAUACAUUAAAUCCUAAAUAUUAUGGAAAAAAGUGGCUUACAGGGGGUGUUGGAAGAACCCCACCACAUCUGGAUCUAGAAUUAUCAACAAACAGAGUAGCAUGUAUUAAUAGGAUUUUCAUUGAUGUACAUCAAAAUCGCCGAGCUAAUGAUGAGUUUGAAAGGUUUUCUACUGGAAUUGGAGAAGAUGUAGGUGCAACUGUAGACAAAGAUAAUUAUCCAUCUUUAUCUUGGUGGAUUAAACAUGGAACUGCUUAUCCUACUCUUCAAUACCUUGCUUUCAGAUUGCUAGUUCAACCUGCUACAUCUUCAUGCUGUGAGAGAAAUUGGAGUACAUAUUCACAAAUCCACACUAUAAAACGAAAUAAUCUCACAAGCAAACGUGCAGAAAAUCUGGUUUAUGUGCAUUCUAACCUUCGGCUUCUAUCACGGAACAAAGAAGAAUAUAGGGAAGGAGAAACUAAAUAUUGGGACGUGAAUGUUGAGGACUUUAACUUAGAACAAGAGAAUGAACUUGAAGUUGUUAAUUCAAGAUUCGAAGAACCUUGUAUUCCCUCAACAUCUUCUAUUGUGGAAGAAGAGGAGAUUGGGGAGAACGAUGAUUUGGGCAUUGAUGAUGACUAGAAUGAUGAUGAACAAUGUUUUGUGAUGAUUGAUGAACAAUGCUUUGUAACUUUCUUUGAGACUUUCUUGCUUAUGUCUUAGCAGUUAUCACUUUUGAGAUUGGUGAUGAACAAUGUUGUGUUUGAGACUUUCUUUAUUAUCAUUUUUAAUUUUUUUGAAUAUAAUAUUCGCCGUAUCCGCGUAUCCUAAAAUUUUGAAAAUGUCGUGUCCCCGUACCCGUACCCGUAUCCAUAGGAUACCCGUACCCGUAUCCGUGUGACAUAGCAUGCCACAAAGCCUAUAUCAUCCCUAUUUCCAGUCUUGCUGCCAUCUACUGAUCUGCUAAACAAACCACAGAGAAGAAGGAGGUUUGUUAUGCAAGGGCUAUCUCAAGCUUCCACAAGCAGAUGUUACCAUGCAAUCCUAAAACUGCUGAAAAGAAUUGCAAAACCAAAAAAGGUGAAAUGAGGAUUAUUCAGCACAUGGGCUAUCUUCUAAACAGCUGCAAGUAACAAGAUGCUUAUAAUAGGCCGGUAAACUCACGCAGACUAAAUGCCACUUGAGUAUGGGUGUUGGUGCUACUCAAGGUGAGGUCAAAUAUCUGGCUGACAAUUAUAGUCAACCUUUUAGACUGAAGCAGUUUACAUGCUUAAUUGUCAAUGGUCACCGAAUAUGUCCCCCCUUGAACAACCUUUAGAAGUUUAGUGACUUCCAAUGAGGAAUAGGCACCUCCCUUCUGCCUCGUAUGCAUUUCUGGACUCCAUCAAACCCAUAUUGUCUGUAAUGCCUAAUAUAUGUGGACGGACUUGUGAAUAGUCCUAAACCAUACAGAAACCUUAAGGGGCUUACAUACUUGCCCCCCAGUCUAUUGGUUGCCAUGAGCAAUCACUUUCUUUAGUAUUAGAUCUAGAGCUGCCUCCGAAGCAAGUUCGGACCCACCAUAUGCGGCAGACGGAUUAGUAUUACAGUGAGUAAUUAUAAUGGGUAUCAGGACCACGUUUAACACUCAAACGUAGAGUUCAACACGUAGAGUUGCAUGUACCUUGAGGUGUGCGGGUUGUAAUAUCUCACGUACAUGGAUAAUACAUUUAGGCAAGUGCACAUUAACAUGAAAACAUUUGGUUCUACCGGCCAAAAUUCUCGCGACAUAAAGAAGUCCAGAAACUUAUACAAGUUAGCAUUAUCCUGAAAAUCUGACACGGCUAUGAAGAUGAUGAUGAGUAAUGACACUAAAUUGCCGUGGUUACAGAUGAUCCUUCACAUAUGAUUGAUAGCCGGAACCACUAGCACUACCGUCAAUGAGCCGGAACCCAUUUUGAUACUAGUCAUCUUUUCCUGGCAUGCGGUGACCCUCUAGUGAUGCAAUCCGAGAGGAAAACAAACAAAACUCAAAUUAAAUACGAACGCGGAACUACGCCACAAGUACAUGAUUUCCAAAACCUUUAUGAAUUAAGCAACAAUUCCAGAGACGAAAAAUAAUCG